GGUGGAGCAGCUAUUGGUCAAUCAAUAUUGAUGGAUUUUACGGAUGCAGAUUUAUAUAACUUCCCUACAUGUGCGUGUGACGUGAUCAUUAAUGGUGGAAAUACUCUGUCUUUUAGCCAGAUAUACGCCCCAGGCUACAUUCAGUGUGGAACUUCUAUUACUAUAAAAGAUAACACUGGAGACAUACGUUAUAUUGUGAACUGUUCAGGACAGACAAUGGUAAACAACUUAAAAAAAGGUGAUACUAUCGAAGUCAUACUAAAGCGUCAUUUCAAUGAUGCUGACGCCAAAUACUGCUAUCGAUUGGAUAUCUCUGGAACCAAAUCCCCUUCCAUCCAGGUUAGUUGUCAGAAGCAUACAACAUCCACAACAACUACCACAACCACCGUGACCACGACAGAGAACAAACUAACAACUGGGUCGUUAGAAUAUAACACUUCCGAUAAUACCACGGCAUACAGGCAUAAUCAAGAUAUGUUAAACGAGAAUUGUCAACAACAGACAACAGUGGUUGUCUUGGCGUCUUUAUUUGGAGUGUGUUUGAUAUACAGUGUUGCCAUAACCAUAUAUAUCAUAAGAAGGGGAAAACCAAAACCCGUUGUAGACGAAUGUAUUGACAGACAUCGUGAUGGUGACGACAUAUAUGAAGAAAUUCGACCAUCAUAUAUAGCACCACAUAAUAUUCCUAUUUAUAAUCCUUCAACUCGUCCGUUACCAAACCCAAACACAAGUCAGACAAAAUUAAGGAAAACGCCACUUCCGUCACAUAUGAAUAAUACUUAUGAUCGAGCGGAAGAAAAAAUUGGACAAACUAUUUACGUUAAUCAGAGAUUUUAGUACCAUAUUAACGAAUGGUCAGUUGUUUGCUGAGCACUUAAUCGAAAUUACAACAUUCAGAUGAUAUAAUGUCCCAGUUUUAUACGUUACGUGUAUUGUAUUCUUUUUAUUGUAAAUUUCCAGUUAAGCUACGAUAAAAAGAAAGGGGAUUUUAAUUUCUGUAUUGGUCGAAAUGAUAAGGUCACUUGUUUGGUCCCUGGAAAUAAAAAAUCUAAAAGUACUAUUAAUCUGUUAGAGAACAUAAUUCAGAAAUUUACAAGCCAUUAGUCUGUCAGAUUUUGAAUUGUUCUUACGUGUUUUCUUCUUUUUGUUUUAUUUUCUUUCAUUUCAUGCAAAAUUGAAAAUCUUUAAGGAAAUAACUGUAAUAUUUUUUUUCUGUCUAGGAAGAAAUAACUUCAAAAAUGUGGUGCACACCGAAUAACAUGCGUAGCGGGUUAUUUAAUAGUGUGCACCACAUUUUUAAGAUAAUUUCGAAUAGACAAAAACAAUAUUACAGUGAGUCCUUAUAAUUCGAAGUUCCAUUUUUAAAGUAUCUGGGGUGUCUUCCUCCAUCUUGGAUUUUGAAAUAGCAGAUAACAAUAGGUCUAGAUUUUUAAUGAAAUGUGCAAAUUUCGAGAGUAGUAUGUAAUUCAUGUGUGAGACUUUUCAUGUUAAUAUAGAAAAUUAUGUGUUUUAUCAUAUUUACGACCGUAUUUUACAAAAAACAGAUUAUUACUUUUUUUAAUCAAUUUUUUUUUCAACUUUGCCACAUAAUGGGAGAUAACAUAGAUAAGUAACUUUUACAAUAGAAUGUGUUAUGAAUUUACAUUUUCAUUAAAAUUGGAACAUGUA